CCAGAACCCUAUGGCGCUGCGCUGGGGCGCUCCUCUCCCGCUGCUCCGAGGAGCCUGCCGCCCUGAGCCCGGGGGACGCACUCGAUCCGGUCAACGAAGUGCUCGGGAGCCAGAAAUAAGAGGAAGAAACUGAGCAAGCUGAAAAGCAACCAUGGCGUCAGACGCUAGUCACAUGUUGGAGGCUGCCCUCGAGCAGAUGGAUGGGAUUAUUGCAGGCACCAAAUCAGCCGUGGAACACAGCAAUGGUGUCUAUGAUGUUGGGCUGCCCACCCAAUCCCCAUACAUGAACGUGUUCCCCGUACUUCAUCUCGUCGAGGACCUGAAGCUGUCACUGGAGAUGCUGGGGGAUCCUCAGGAAAGAGAAGCCCUCCGGGAUCAGAUCCCAGAGCCCACUGCAGCCUUCAUCAAAGAGUGGCUUCAGGGAAAUCUGUCCCAGGUAAACCACCCAGCUGCAGUUACGAAUGAAACCUACCAGGAGCGCUUGGCCCGAUUAGAAGGUGACAAGGAAUCUCUCAUGUUACAGGUGAGUGUCCUGACUGACCAGGUAGAAGUCCAGGGGGAGAAGAUCCGGGACUUAGAAGUCUGCCUGGAAGGGCACCAGGUCAAACUCAAUGCUGCUGAAGAGAUGCUUCAACAGGAAUUGUUGAGCCGCACGUCCCUGGAGGCGCAGAAGCUGGAGCUGACAGCGGAGGUUUCUGAGCUGAAGCUUCGACUGGUGGGCAUGGAAAGGGAACAGAAGGAACAGGAGGAGAAGCAGAGGAAAGCCGAGUUAGUAGUGAAUCUGAUCAGUGAUCUACAGGAGCAGAUGUGUAGACUACAGCUGGAAAUCAGUAGCCAAAUUCAAGAGAGAAUGUUGCAGGACAGGGACAACAUGGAUGAAUGUAGCCCUCAGGAGAGCCCCCAGGCCAACAGCCCCGAUGGCUUGCCUGAAUUGCUACAGGAACUCAAGCAUCUCAAAAUUAAAGUGGAAGAGCUGGAGAGUGAGCGAAAUCAGUAUGAAUGGAAGCUAAAGGCAACAAAGGCUGAGAUCGCCCAGUUGCAAGAGCAGUUGGCACUGAAGGAUGCAGAAAUUGAGCGCCUCCACAGCCAGCUCUCCAGGACCGUGGCCUGCGCAGAAAGCACAGAAAGAGAGGGAGUUUGUAAGAGAAGGCUAAAGGAAAAAUAUCAAGAAGUUCAACGUCUAAAAAUAGGAAUGGAGACCUUACUUGUCGCAAAUGAAGAAAAGGACCGCAGGAUAGAGGAGCUCACGCUGUUACUGAGCCAGUACCGAAGAGUCAAGGAGAUCAUGCUGGGAGGUCACGGCUCUUCAGAAAGAAUCCUUUCCAGUGGAGAAGAAGAAAAGGAAGGAUCUUUCAGGAAGUGGAAUAUGGUGAACAAAUCUCCUGGAGAAACAGUGAAACUGGAGAUGUCUCCAAGAUGUAUCUCCCCUAUCUUGGGGGCUCCUCCCCUGCCUCAGAAAAUCCUGGAAACAAGUGGAAGCACCCUGGAUGCCAGCAAUGGUCAGACUUCCCACUGUGAAGAGGAUUCUCUGGAAACGCAGAGCAGGACUCAGGAAAAACUGUCCAGUAGUCUGGAAGACCUGCAAAGUAGCUCUGUGGAAAAGUAUGUAGACGGGAAGCCACUCGUGCCUGUUGUAGGACCUGAGGACACCCUUUUCCUAGGAGAAAACAAAUACCAAACAUUACCAGGGAAACUUCCUGGAACUGCACACAAUGGAGACCCUGGAAUAGCCAUCCCAUCCACUUCUCAGACCUCAGGGAGCAGCCUGCCUAGCCUGAAGCCAUAUUCUAUCCAGGGCAAAUUCUUGGCUUUCUCUAACAAAUCCACACCUGGCCAUCACACAAGCUUGGGAAGGAGCCACAGGGAGAGAUCAUGUGCUCGUGGCCGGAGUGUCAGUGCACCGAUAUUAGGAGAAACUGAGAGCAAUUUGGAUAAUACUGUCACAUCAAAUGACCUUUCACCUACUUCUUCUGGAACUGACUCCGGGCCCCAGUCUCCACUAACUCCAGAAAUGAAACGGAGUCCCAAAGGCAUCAGGAAAUUCUGGGGAAAAAUAAGAAGAACUCAAUCGGGCAAUUUCAACACAGAUGCAAUAGGAAUAGCGGAAUUCCGCCGAGGUGGGCUCCGGGCGACUGCAGGACCGAGGCUGUCCAGGACCAGAGACCCCAAAGCUCAGAAGAGUGAUUCCAACGCUCCUUUUGCCCAGUGGAACACGGAGCAAGUGUGUUCAUGGCUGGAGGACUUUGGUCUGGGUCAGUACGUGAUCUUUGCCAGGCAGUGGGUGAACUCUGGCCACACACUAUUGACGGCUACGCCUCAGGACAUGGAAAAGGAGCUGGGAAUUAAGCAUCCCCUGCACAGAAAAAAAUUGGUUUUGGCCGUGAAGUCAAUUAACACAAAGCAGGAAGAGAAGUCUGCACAAUUAGACCACAUUUGGGUAACCCGGUGGCUUGACGAUAUUGGUUUGCCUCAAUACAAAGACCAGUUCCAUGAAUCCAGGGUUGAUGGGCGGAUGCUUCAAUACCUAACUGUGAACGACCUUCUCUUCUUAAAAGUCACCAGCCAGCUGCAUCAUCUCAGCAUCAAGUGUGCCAUCCAUGUGCUACAUGUCAACAAAUUCAAUCCUCAUUGCCUACACAGGAGACCCGCAGAUGAGAGUAACGUUUCUCCUUCCGAAGUGGUGCAGUGGUCCAACCACCGAGUGAUGGAGUGGCUGAGGUCAGUGGACCUGGCCGAAUACGCACCAAACCUUCGAGGAAGCGGAGUUCACGGUGGCCUCAUAAUCCUGGAGCCCCGCUUCAGCGGGGACACGCUAGCCAUGCUUCUGAACAUUCCUCCUCAGAAGACGCUCCUCCGACGCCAUUUAACCACUAACUUCAAUGUCCUUGUUGGGCCUGUGGCCCAGCAAGAAAAGAGAGACAUAAUGGCAUCCCCAGCCUAUACACCGCUGACCACUACUGCCAAAGUCCGGCCAAAGAAAUUGGGAUUUUCACACUUUGGAAAUAUGAGAAAAAAGAAGUUUGAUGAAUCUACAGACUACAUAUGUCCCAUAGAGCCAAGUGAAAGUGUGAAUGGCAAUCACAAGGCCUAUGGCGGCCACCGAGGCCUCACCCCCAACCCUGGGGAGGAACUGGACAAACUGGAUCAGAUGGAACCCUCGGAAGGUACAGUCCUACAGAUAGGUGUCAUCUCUCAAGGCAUUUACAACCUCACGACUGUGCUGAACCAAGAUGGGUUACUAAAAUGAAACUCAAACUUCUAAUGCCCAUGAACAGAAGACCAGAAAUAUUUAGUUGCCAAAGCCAGGAGCACUACAGCCAAAUGCCUCCGCUGACUGCCAAAGAAAUGUCUGGGGCAAGCUGAAAGUUUUCUCUCCCUGGUACAUAUCACUCAUGGCCAAGCUCAUGGAGCCUAGAGUGAUCAAAUGAUGCCGUUGUUUACUAACAAGUGGUCACUUUUGGAAAAGUGAUACUAAAUGUUUUGUGAUAAAUCAGAUACAAUUUAGAUGCCUGCCUGAACAAGUCAACACAUUUCUGUUGUAUUUGCUGCAGUGUUUGUUAUUGACCAAAACUUUAAUAUAUUUGUAUUUUUGCAACAGGA